GCGGAACGGGGCCUGGAGGCAGAGGGCCCGGCAGGAGGAGAGCUGCGGGACCGUGCUGUGCCCGGUGGGGCUGCUGUAGGCCUCGUGACCUGUGGUGGCUGUGGGGCUGACGUGGGUCCUAUGGACCCAUUGCCUGCAGUGGGGCUGCUGUAGGCCCUAUGGACCCAUUGCCUGCAGUGGGGCUGCUGUAGGCCCUAUGGACCCAUUGCUCACAGUGGGGCUGCUGUAGGCCCUAUGGACCCAUUGCCUGCAGUGGGGCUGCUGUAGGCCCUAUGGACCCAUUGCUCACAGUGGGGCUGCUAUAGGCCCUAUGGACCCAUUGCCCGCAGUGGGGCUGCUAUAGGCCCUAUGGACCCAUUGCCCGCAGUGGGGCUGCUGUAGGUACUGUGCCCCAUGGGCUGUGUGCCCCCAGGCUGAUACAGACCUCAUGCCCUAUAGGCCCUGUGCCCUCUGGUGGGGCCGUGUUGGCCUCCCACCCCACAGCUCCCAUGCGCCCCCAAUGGGGCUGGUGUUGUUCCAGGCUGUGCUGUGCCGCAUUCCCUCGCUGUGGUGAAUUCUGCUCUUCCUGCCCUGCUGACGGCUUGCUGGGUGCUGGGCAGCCAUGAGGAGCUCCGCUCUGUGCUCUCAGUGCUGCCCUCCCCAGCAGCAGCCCCUGAUCUGAAGGGCCGUCGCCUCCCGUCGCUCUGACGCAGCCCUGAGGAACGCCGUCCUGCAACCAAGGGCUCAGCUCAUAACACCUGGCUGUUGUAGGGCGGAAUUCAGCCCCGCAGCAGUUUGACAUCAGUGCGUCGCUCUGGUGGGGAACAGGACGGCGUUGGGAAGCAGAUGGGAUCAGAGCUGAGGUCCCACACCUGUGAGCUGGCUGGGGACGUGUGGCACAGCCCCACACCUGCGCUGCCCUUCAUCCCAGCAGAGCUCUGGGCGGGGGGUGAGCAGCGCUGCGCUCGUGCUUGGAAAAUGAGUCGUUCCCUUUGCAGCCCUGACUCACCGGCCCCACGCUGCUCGUGUUUUCCACCUGCAAUGUGCUGCUGGCCGGGAGCUGUUUGUAACUCAGAGCACAGAGCUCCGGGACGGAGCUGACGUCCCAACCCAGAGACCCGCUGUGACAUGUGACCGCGGGCGGGAGCAGCAGCUGAGAUGCAUUCGAGCCACGCCGAUGACCCCAAGGAAGUCAUCCAGCUGAUCAAGAAGCAGCUGGUGAGCUCCAUCAAGGCCCUGCAGAAGCAGUACGUCUCCUCGGACGCCGUGGUGACCAGCGAUGACGGGAACGCCAACACCCUGUGCAGCGCCCUGGAGGCCGUCUUUGUGCACGGGCUGAAGGCAAAGCACAUCAGGACAGAGACAGGGGGCAAAGGGAGGAAAGCAGGCGGCCGGCUGCUGCUCCCCCAGCCCGUCUUCUGGGCCCUGCUGAAGAGCAUCACGCACCGGAACAUCAUCUCAGAGCUGGAACAGCUCCUUUUCAUCACCACGGACGUGGGCCGCUGCCGGGCCUGGCUGAGGCUGGCUCUGAACGACGGAUUGCUGGAGUGCUACCUGAAGCUGCUGCUGCGCGAGCGCUCCCGCCUGCCCGAGUUCUACCAACCCGCAGCGCUGCUCCUGGACGCCGAGGAGUGCGAGUUCCUCCUGAGCUACCUGCAGGGCCUGUCGUCCCUCACCUUCCAGCUGUCCUACAAGUCAGCAGUGCUCAACGAGUGGACCGUCACCCCGCUGUCCCUCUCGGGGCUGUGCCCUGCAGCCGAGCUGCUGGAGCCCCCGACGGCCGAACCUCAGAGAAAAGCAUCCCUGGGCUCCAUCUCCCAAUCUUCAGGCUCCGAUGAGAUUGAAAUCCAGCCCUCAGCGCUGCCCAUCGGCAAAGCGGGCGACAAACCCAAGCGGACGUCGUCCUCGCUGAGCCUGAACACCACGGGUUCGUCGCAGCUGUCCUCCAGCCUGGGCUCUGACGGCGUGCAGCCCCACUGCGCCCGCAGCCCCGAGCGCGGCGAUGAGCCGCUGUCCUGCGACUCCGACGUGGGCACGGCCACGGCCGAGGACCUGGACAGGUCGCUGCAAGAGGUGCUCUCCGAGUUCAGGAGAGCUGAGCCGAGCCUUGGUGCCCCAUCGGAGCGGCCGAUCCCUGCUGUGCUGGGCUGCUCCCCACCACCCCCCGAGGACGCCCACCCGCCGCCUUCCCCACCACCAGCCGAGGCCUGCAGCGCUCCGCAGGAGGAGGACAGCAUCCCGACCCCACAGCACGGGGAUGGGGGGAAGGAAGGCCGCGUGGCGCGCAGCCCUGCUGCCAAAUUCCUCUGCUCCCCGCUGCCGGGCUGCCCGAAUAGGAAGAGCUGGAUUUCGGAAGACGAUUUCUACAGACCUUCAGCAGGAGAGAGCGAUGAAAUCCCAGCUGACGCCAACGGCUUUGUGCCAGAUGGGGCCGGGGAGGGCCUGACCUCAGGGCUGCUCAGUGCUUUGGAUUUGGAAAGGUCGUCCCCACCGUCCUCGCAGGGCCCCAGGCUGUCCCCCGAGCGAGAGCAGAAGGGUUUCAGUGUCGUGCAUCGCCGGCAGAUGGGUCUCUCCAACCCUUUCCGGGGCCUGCUGAAGCUGGGCAGCCUGGAGCGGCGCGGAGCCAUGGGCAUCUGGAAGGAGUUCUUCUGCGAGCUGUCGCCGCUGGAGCUGCGACUCUUCCUGGACCACGAGGAUCGCAGCUGCGUGGAGAGCUUCUCCCUGCUGCGCUGCGAGUCGCUGGCGCUGACGCAUCCGGAUGGACGCUUCGAGCUGGUGUUCCUGGGGAAAAAGCUGUGCUUGAGGGCUCCUUCCCGGGAUGAGGCUGAGGACUGGCUGGAUCGGAUCCGCGAGGCGCUGCGCAAGUGCCGCCCGCAGCUGGAGGAGGAGGAGUGGGAGACGCUGGCGUGCCCUGAGGACGGGGGGGAUGGCGGCGAGCCCGCAGCUCCGCUCCAGUGUGAAGCGCCUGGGAAUGGCUUGGACUGGACUUUAUCCCACAAACCUGAGCUGGAUGCCAUCAAAGAGUCCGUUCUGUACGCGGACGUAGAUAAGACGUGGGUCCCUUUUGUCUUCUCCCUCUCGUUGGAAACCUUGAAGUGCUUUAAAGUGCGGAACAACGACAAAAUCUUAAGCAACAGUUACGGCAUAGAGACGAUCCAGGACAUCCUCCCCGACACCAGCCUGGGGGGGCCCUCCUUCUUCAAGGUGAUCACCUCCAAAGCUGUGCUGAAGCUGCAGGCCGAGAGCGCGCAGGAGGCCGCGGCGUGGAGGGAGCUGGUGCGAGCGGUGCUGGGCUCCUACCUGGAGGCAGCCGAGGAGGCACUGACCCUGGGGGGCAGCUUGGACGGCCAUUCCCAGGUGCUGCUGAAGAGCAUGGUGAAGGAGAACGGCUUCUUGUUGCAGUACCUGGUGGCCAUCCCCGUGGAGAAGGGGUUGGACUCGCAGAGCUUCAUCUGCGCAGGCUGCUCCAGGCAGAUCGGCUUCUCCUUCGCCAAACCCAAGCUCUGUGCCUACUCCGGCCUCUACUACUGCGACAGCUGCCACCGGGACGACGAGGCGCUCAUCCCCUCACGCCUCAUCCACAACUGGGACCUGAGCAAGAGAGGGAUUUGCCGCCAGGCGCUGAAGUUCCUCACCCAGAUCCGUAAGCAGCCGCUGAUCGAUCUCAAGUUGGUCAACGAGAGCCUCUACGACCACGUGGAGAGGAUGGGGCGCGUGCGGCGGAGCCGGGAGCAGCUGAAGCUGUUGGGGGAUUACCUGAGCGUGUGCCGCAGCGGGGCCCUGAAGGAGCUGAGCAAACGCCUGGAUCACAGGAACCACCUCCUCGAGUGCCCCCACAAGUACAGCGUGGCUGACCUGCAGCAGCUCUCCGACGGCGCCUUCGAGCCCUUCCUGCUCUCGCUGAUCCAGUUUGCGUCGCACCACGUCUACAGCUGUGAGCUGUGCACGCAGCGGGGCUUCAUCUGCCAGAUGUGCAGCAGCAGCGACAUCAUCUUCCCCUUCCAGCUGGAUUCCACCUCCAGAUGCAAAGACUGCAAAGCUGUUUUCCAUCGGGAAUGCUUCGACAGCAGCACUGCCUGCCCGCGCUGCGAGCGGCGGCGGCGCUACCGACAGGAACAGCAGGAGGAGGAGGAGGAGGAGGAGGAGGAAGGCGGCGCGGGGCCGAUGCCGUAGAGCCAGCAGCCAUCCCAGAGGCGGUGGCAGAUGAUGCCCCAAAAGCACGCGGUGCACAACUGGCCGUCGGCCCAGGAGCUGUCGGGCAGCGCGUGGCACUGGGGGCUGGGCCUGCACCCAAAGGACCCCACAGCCAAUGGGGGAUGGAUGAGCAGGGGGGGCUGUGGGGCUGAGCCGGGGCUGUGGGGCUGCAGCCAUCCCCUGCCACCACCCCGCUGAUGGGGAGGCGGCGGCGCUGGGCGGGUUUUGGUGUCCCCAUCCCUGGGGGAUAUGGGGACGGGGCUCCCCAGGGCCUGCAGUCCCCCCUCCUUUGGGGUUUCUUUGGCCCCCCCCCCCCUUUGGGGUUUUGGUCUCUCCAUCCCAGAGGGGCACAGGGAGACGUGGGAGCAGGGACUCCCCCCAUUUUGGGGUCAGAUGUGCCAAGGGGACGCAGGCUGUGCAAUGCCACCCACUGGGAUCCCUGCCGUCCCCCGCUGCCAUCGUCCCAACGUCCCCCCGGUGGCACUGGGGGGCUCGCAGGCUGCGCAGUGGGGCGGCCGUGGGGCCCAGCUGCUGUCAGUGGGGCCCGGACUCGAGGGCUGUGCGACGGCUGAGCUCGGGGCGUUUGUGGGUUUGGGGUUUUUUGGAGGUGCCGUGGUGCCGUCGUGCCUUGGGGGGCAGAGCUGCUCUGCCUCCCUUUUAACCCCCGGCCCUUCGGGGGCCGCAAAGAGAGUUUUAUUUUCCUGUCACUGUGAAAAC